AUGUUUUCAUUAUUUUAUUUUCUAGGUAUUCAAACCACAUUUCUGAAGGAACCUGAACCGCAUGUGGCUUAUGUUGGUGGAGUUGCCAGUUUUCAAUGUGACAUCAAAGCUGUUCCUCCAGCUGUAUAUGUUUGGGAAAAGGACAAAGUACAACUGCCUCAAAAUGUUGUCAGGUAUGCAAGCCUGCCAAGUGGUACUCUCCAAAUUUCUGAUGUCACCAAAUCAGAUGCUGGUCUCUACAGGUGCCGCAGUUAUCAUGGUGCACUUCAGCUUCUUCCAGAUCAGGUUGAUGAGUUUCAGUGGCGAAUCAGCUCCGAGGCUCAACUGACUGUGAGAGAAGCAACUAAUGCACGGCCACCCAAAUUUAUAAGGAAGCCAUCUAAUGUAACCGCCAUUGCAGGCACAACUGUGACACUGAUAUGCAUUGUGGAUGGAAAGCCUAUGCCCAAAAUACACUGGAGAAGAAAAGAUGGAACAAAAAUUCGCAUAGAUAAUGUUGAAGUUAUUGAAGGUGGCAAUCUGCGCUUGGCCAAUGUCCAUCCAUCCGACAAUGGAACUUACAUCUGUUCAGCUGUAAGCCCUGAUGGCCAAACUAUCUCAGCUUCUGCAACACUUAAUGUUCAUAUGGAGCCUGAAAUUUUCAGUACAUUUGAACAUAGAUCGUACCCCCGAGCCUAUGUGGUCGACUUUGAAUGCAAAUACACAGGAUCACCAUUCCCCACUGUGUACUGGCUCUUUAAUGGGAAGAAAGUUGAGAAAAGUAGCAGAAUUUCGAUUCUUUCAAAAGAAAAGGGUAUUUCCGUUCUACGGAUUGUCCAAAGUCAGGAAAGUGACUCUGGUUAUUAUCAAUGCUUUGCUGAAAAUGAAGUCGGUUAUGCUACAGCUGUUGCCAGAUUCAAAGUUGAUGUGAAUGACAAAGCUCCUAAUCCACCCCAGAAUAUCACUGUGCAAGGUUCAGGACUAAAAGAUUUGAAAAUUACCUGGUCCCCACCUAUAGCUAAAAGUUGCUGUUCUAUAACAACUUAUUCCGUUCACUGCUCAGAAAAAUCAGGAACGGAAAUGGCCAAACUUGUGAAAGUGACUUCUCUGGUACUGAAGCAUCUGAAGCCUUUCACAAACUACACCUGUUAUGUCACAGCUUAUAGUGACUAUGGUGCCAGCAAACACUCCAAUAAGGCGUCUUAUGUCACCCCUGAUGCCACUCCAUUGAUUGCUCCAAAAGUAGAAGUAGUCAGUAGCACUCAAACUUCAAUAAAAAUCAAAUGGGAAAAAAUCCCUUUAGAACAGAGUAGGGGUAUCAUAAAUCAAUACAGAGUGUAUUACAACACAGACAAAGGAACUACCAUGGAGAGAUUUAAGAAACCAGCUUUGAGAGAAUAUCUUAUUACAGAGUUGAUACCAAAUACAGUCUAUCGUAUCCGAAUGCUAGCCGGUACCAUUGCAGGAUUCCCACACUUGGAUGAGUCUAGCUGGCCAUGGACUGUAACAAAAACCCAAAGCUUAACAAAACCAAUUGAAACCCCCAAAAACCUGAAUGUGGCUAUACAGAACACUAGCUCUGUGGUUGUGUCCUGGGACUUUGACAAAACCGUUUCCAUUGAUUACUUUGUACUGCAACUCUAUAAAGUUGAUGCUCCUGAAAAGAAACUUGAAUUCAGGCUUCCAAGCAACUUGACCAACUAUACUUUAAACAAUCUUGACAAUAACACAUUUUACCAAGUGUCAGUGAAUGCUUUCAGUGGAGACGAUGCCUCCAUCCAAGUGACCAAAGUAUUCCAAACUAGUUCAGAAGCUACUGUACCUCCUGCCCCGUCCAUCAUCUCAGCAGUACCAGUUUCUUCAUCAAUUGUGAAUCUGACAUGGGAGAGGCCAGAUUUUUCCAGUGAUAUUGUUAGUUACACUGUACAAUAUAAUCCAACUACUUCAAGACCUGGAGAAAAGGAAAAAUAUAUCAGAACUGAUUUGACCAGUGUAUCAAUCAAAAAUCUAAAACCUUAUACAGAAUACCAAUUUUCUGUGCGCUCUCACUCUGAAGAUGAGAAAGGGCCUUAUGGAAAGCUUGUCAUUGUCAGGACAAAUGAAGGUGAUCAAUGCUGGGAUAGAUUCACUGAUUCUGAUAACACCAGUGAUAUUCUCUGCCAUCUUUGUAGAAGUUUUAUUCAAGUUUACUAUGAAAAGAGAAGUGAACACACGUGUGACUAUUAUUGUUCUUGGAUUCAAGACUACUGUGCCGAUAUUAGCAAGAAGAUACCAACAUUUGGCAUUAAAUGUACUUCAAAUUCCCUUAUUAUUGAAAACCUAAAAAAUAAAAUUUACUAUGCAAAGCUUUGGGCCAACACAACGGCUGGCAAAGGUGCCAGCUCGAAAAUCUUUGUCAUUGACAUCACCAACAGUCCUUUUCCAACUGCUUCUACAACACUUCCAUCCAGCAUCAGUUCUCCCAACCAAAGCACAGCUGCUUCUCAAACAGGAAUAAUUAUUGGGAUCGUUAUUGGAGUUUUGGCAUUCAUUGUUAUCAUUAUUGUUUUCUUUUUUGUACGCCGCAGGUGCUGUAUGGCACAAAACCUUUCCCUUACAAGCCACAUCAGCAGCAAUGGUCAUGUGCACAAUCUUGACACUACAGAAUUGACCGCAGUCCAUGAACUAGAGUCACAUACACCAAUGCUUACUCGUCUUUCAGAAAAUGAAAAUUCAGAUGCCAAGGGAUCAGAACAAAUGGAGCCUCUAUUGUCUGGAAAUAAAAAGCAUAAAAGCCAACCUCACUUGAAAGAGUCUACCUCGCAAAACAUUAGUAAAGACAGCAAACUUGAGUCCAGGCUAGAACUUGAUGAAUAUAGCCCAGAUUUGUCCAAUUUGGACAAAGAUGCAACUGGUAUGAAUGGCACCAACUUGUGUAGCUCAUCAGUUAUUCCCAUAACAUCUGGUUGCAAUCUCUCUAAUUCAGUAACACUGAACAGUGACAAUACAGGGAGCCUUCCCAUGGGAAACGGACCUGGCUCCUGUAAUGUACAACCUGUUACCUCAAGUUUCCUUUCUGCAAUGGAAGGAUCUCAUCAUGGCAGGGCAAAUAGUUCUUGUUCUCACCCCAGAAAUGGGGAAAAUCAGUUAUCAUCAUUGUCGUCAGUCUCUUCACCUUUUCCUGAAACAAGUGCACAAUCUUCUUCGUCUCUUCCUCAAGAUGUCACCCCAAGCAAUUGUUCAGCCAUCAACAGAAGUCCACAUGGUGACCAAAAGCAACACUCUUCCAUACGGACACUUCAUCCAAACAGUACCAAUCAACAUCCUGUUUCUUCUACUACUUCUACUACUACUACUACUACUACUACCUCAGGUCGUCAUACGAAGGGUGACAGCAUUAUCGCUUCAAACACUGCCACAGUACCUCCUCUGUCAACAACACUGGUCCCAUCUUCAACAAGCAUCACCACUAGCAAGUCUUCUGAUGACAUUUCAACCAACUGCCCACAAGGCAAAAUUGGCUCUGGUAUUAAAUCAGACCCAAAAAAUACCUCACCAAAACCAAGGCCAACUGAGUUUGUUCAGAAAGCACCAUUACAGCAGAGCUGUGACUUAAUAAGUGACGACGGCAUUGGCAACAGUAUUUCUGAUGUUGUCCAAACCAAAGAAAACCAGACAGCUAUCAAUGGAAAGGAGGGUGCUCCUUGGGCCACCACCACUGCUGAGAACAAUGACCUUAGCAAGAGUAGUGGAAGCAUUGAACAAGCAAUACCAAGUGUAACAUGCUUACCACUCAAAAAUCAGGACUUGGCAGUUGGGGUGGAUCAGGGUGUAGUGUAA